AUGGUGGCGGCUUGCAGCGGCAGAUCCGCGUUCUGCACGAUGCGGUGGAUCGCCCCCGCCACCUCCUCCGCCGGUCGCUCCAUGCGCUCCUCCCGCGCGCGCCCCCGAUGCUUCUAUCCAAGUGACUCGCCGAUUUUCGCGAAGGGGAACGCGGGGCGUGGAAAUGCGGAAGAAAGGGGGGGAGGCGCGGGUGACGAGGGGAAUAGGUCGGGCGGGGGCGGAAAGGGGGGCGCAUCGGGGAGGGGAACGGAGGAGAGGGGAGGAAAGGCGGAGAGUGGGGGCGCGGGAAGGGAACCGGGAGAAAGGGAGGAGGGCGCAGAAGGGGGGAACGGUGGGGAGGAGGUGGAGGGGAUGAGGAAUGAGGGCGUGCGCGCGGCCGUGGGGAUGGCGGUGGGGGCGGAGCAGAGGAGGCGCUUUGGGCGGGGCGGAGUCCCUACACUCCCCGCUCUCCCCGCCGCGCAUGUUCUUGCCUCCUCCUCGCCCUCCUCCCUGCCUGCCUGUCGUCAGACAGCUUGCUUCCCCUCUCCAGCCUCUCAGCCCAUCACAGCCGUUGAUCUUACGGACAUCAUGGUGCUUGCAGCAUCAGGCACGCAGGUCUUAGCGUGGAACAAGGAUACCGGGAAGCUGCUCAGAAGCUUCGGCGGCCACCACCAGCGACUUCGCACGAUGAGCUACGAUGACACGGACCUGCUAGCAGCAUGCAGCGACGGCACUGUUCAUGUGUACGACAUAUACAGUGGCAUGACCACCCACAUCCUCCGCCCACACGCCCGUGCGCGCGGUGGGGCGGCAGCCAUGAGCUACAGUGCCACCAUGGGGCUGCUUCUGUCGGGCGGCACGGACGGCACGGUUCGUCUUACUGACUGCCGCUCAUCGCUGCAAUUGCACACCCUUCUCUUCACCGACCCCUCCCCAGUGACCUCUGUGCUUCUCUCAACGCCCAGCAACCGAGUGAUGGCAGCUUCGGCAUCCGGCCACUUGCGAGUAUGGGACCUCAGGUCCCCCUCUCGCACUCUCAUGGAUACCACCAUCUCCUCCCCCACCCACACCACACUCGCCCUCCCCUCCUCCCCACUCGCGCUCCCGCCUGUUCUGCUGACAGCUGGCACCACGGGAUUGGUCCAAAUCCUGGACGCCGCCUCCCUCACUCCCCUUCGCCGCCUGCGCCGCCCGCCACUCGCUGAGCUGGCACUGGGCAGCGGAUCAGGAGUUGCAGUUGAGGUGGAUGGGAGUGGUGGGACAGGAGAGGGGCAGGGAUUAAUGCGAGGAACAGGGUGGGGCAUGAGGGAAGGUGGGGAAGAGAAGGUGCAGAGCCAGGGUGGGCAGAGGGGUAGUGACAGCGCAGAGGUGCAUGCUUCAAACGGGGGAAACGAGGCAGCUGCUGGUGUGAGUGGUAGGGGGUUGCCGGGAGGAGUGACAGCUGGGAUGACUGGCAUCGCUGCAAGAACAUCCACCUUUGUCACAUCGCAUGUUGAUGGAACUGCAACCUUAUGGUUUGCUGGUUUGUAG